AAAGUUAUAUGGCUCACAUCUGACAUCAUGCACCACCGGUGGCUGCUGUUAGCUGCAUGCUUUUGGGUAAUAUUCAUGUUCAUGGUUGCAAGCAAGUUCAUCACACUGACCUUCAAAGACCCUGAUGCCUAUGGUGCUAGGCAAGAGCCAUUAAUACUGACAGCUAUCACUGAAGUGGAGAAGAUUCAUAUGAUAAAAGAGAAGAGCUCGCUGGGAGAGUUUCAGACGAUAGGAAGAGGUCUUUCUGAAGACCAUCAACAUCAACCUCUGGUCCAUAUGGAAAGGCUUGAACUACUCAGGAAUAUGUGCCAAGAUACAUCACUGAGAAACCUCACCCAUAGUACUGUUUCUAAGUUUGUUUUGGACCGAAUAUUCGUAUGUGACAAGCACAAGAUCCUCUUCUGUCAAACCCCCAAAGUUGGCAAUACUCAGUGGAAGAAAGUCUUGAUUGUUUUAAAUGGAGCUUUUUCUUCUAUAGAAGAGAUCCCAGAGAGCAUUGUGCAUGACCAUGAGAAGAAUGGUCUGCCACGCUUAUCUUCGUUCAGUGACACUGAAAUUCAGAAAAGGUUGAAAUUGUACUUCAAAUUCUUUAUUGUAAGAGAUCCAUUUGAAAGGCUUAUUUCUGCAUUUAAAGACAAAUUUGUUCACAAUCCUCGAUUUGAACCUUGGUAUAGACAUGAAAUCGCACCUGGCAUAAUUCGAAAAUAUAGAAAGAAUCGCACCGAGACCCGAGGGCUGCAAUUUGAGGACUUUGUGCGCUACUUGGGUGACCCAAAUCAUCGAUGGCUAGACCUACAAUUCGGAGACCACAUAAUUCAUUGGGUAACCUAUGUGGAACUUUGUGCCCCUUGUGAAAUUACAUACAGUGUUGUUGGACAUCAUGAGACACUGGAAGAAGAUGCGCCGUACAUCCUGAAGGAGGCAGGAAUAGACCAUCUGGUGUCGUAUCCCACAAUUCCACCAGGCAUAACAGUAUACAACAAAACCAAGGUGGAGCGCUAUUUCUCAGGAGUCAGCAAGAGAGACAUAUGGCGCCUUUAUGCACGCUUUGAAGGAGACUUCAAGCUUUUUGGCUAUCAAAAGCCAGAUUUCCUACUAAACUGACACCUAGAAGCUAUGAAUAUAAUGAACUACUACAUUAAACA